GAGAGAGAAACGGACAUGAAAAUAUAACCUUUACGUUGCGUUUGGAUUUGUGGCCGCGAAUCGGUGAGAUUUAAAUCGAAACGAUUUGUCGCAAAAGCGUCGGUGUGCUAGAAUCGUAAGGAGAAUGGACGAGGAGAUGGAUUUUAAGAAUGAAGAAGUUCCUCCGGUAGGAGGACCAUCAAAUGAAGAAGAAAUGGUGACAAGCGACACGGAUGGAAAUGCCGUUGAGGAAGCGGCAAAAGAUGAAUCCGAGAGCGACGAUGAUGACAGCGAUGACGACGACGAGAACGCCGAGGCGGAAGUAAAGUCUCUGGAAGCAUCCUUGUCAACGAAUCCGUAUGAGUAUUCCAACCAUGUGGCUUUGAUCAAGAAACUACGCGCGAUGGGCGAGCUGGACCGCCUGCGAACCGCCCAGAACAAUAUGAGUAAGAUAUAUCCGCUGAGCCCUGAGCUCUGGUACGGAUGGAUAUCCGAGGAGAUCAAAUUGGCGACCACCGAGGAGCAGAAGGCCGAUGUAGUCAAACUGUGCGAACGAGCCAUCAAAGAUUACAUGUCUGUGGAGGUGUGGAUACUGUACCUGCGUUUCAACAUUGAGUGUAUGGACACAGAUGAGAAGGGGAUCGAGAAUGUUCGUCGACUCUUUGAACGUGCAUUGGAUGCUGUUGGAUUGCAUAUUACAAAGGGAGCAAUAAUAUGGGAGGCAUAUCAGGAAUAUGAGAGUAUGUUACUUGCUUCCUUGAUGCCAUUGGUUGAUAGUAACAAUAAAAAGAAAGCUCAAUUGGAACGUAUUGGUAAUUUAUACAAACGUGAAUUAAAUAUUCCUCUUUUUGACAUAACAAAUAUAUAUGAAAACUAUUGUUCGUGGCGCGAAAAAUAUGGUACAGAAAUCGACGAUAAGCUCAUCUCAGAAUGUUAUAAACGUAAUUUGGAAAAAAUGAAGAUAUAUCUUUCUUAUGAAGAAAAGCUUGUUUCUGCACAAGGACCAGAUGAACUGCUUGAUGCUUAUAAAAAAUAUAUAUUAUACAUGAAACAUGAGAACCCAGAUAUUGUUACAGUUUUAUAUGAAAGAGCAAUAACCGAUUUAAGUUUGGAGACCUCAAUUUGGUUAGAUUAUAUCACUUAUUUAGAAAAUAAAUCAAGGAUUGAGUGUAUAUUGGAUCCAAUUUAUCAAAGAGCGACGAGGAAUAUUCCAUGGUGCUCAACAAUUUGGCAGAAAUGGAUGAGAUCGUACGAGGAAUGGAAAAAACAUAUUUCGGAAAUACAAACGUUAUUAGAAAAUGCCUUAUCCGCCGGUUUUUCAACGGCGGAAGAUUAUCGAAACUUAUGGCUUACGUAUCUCGAAUGCCUGCGACGUAGACUUGAGCAGCAUUCUGACGAAGAGAGGGAGAAACAUAUAGAUGUUAUUCGUAAAACUUUCAACAAAGCAUGCGAACAACUGGCAAAAUAUUUUGGCCUAGAUGGCGAUCCCAAUUGUGUUAUCCUGCAAUAUUGGGCAAGAUUUGAAGCGAUACAUGCAGAUAACAUGGAAGAGACGAGAAACUUGUGGAAUGAUAUUCUUUCGCAGGGGCAUUCCGUGACAGCUUCUUAUUGGUUGGAAUAUAUAGUUCUAGAAAAAUGUUACGGAGAUACGAAGCAUCUAAGGAAAUUAUAUCAAAAAGCUUUGAAUUCCACACAAGAUUGGCCAGAAAGUAUAGCGAAUUCAUGGAUAGAUUUUGAGCGUGAUAAAGGAACUUUAGAGCAAAUGGAGUUUUGUGAAACGAAAACAAAAGAGAAACUUGAUAAAGUUAUGGAGGAAAGGCAAAAAGCGCAACAAGCGGAACAAGGUCCUUCUCAGAGUGAAUUAUCUACACAAAAUAAGAAAACGAAUAAAAGAAAAAUAGAUGAUGGCAAGUGGAAAAAUUUAGGAAAUUCCCCGUCAAAAAUCAUGAAAACUAAUGUAAAAAAUGAAUCGAUAUUACGAAAAAAUAUCUUGAAUAUUGACGAUAAAACAAUAAGUAGUCAAGAAAGCUCGAAAUCAAAAAUCGUACCACCGCCUGGUUAUAAAACGACCGAAGAUAAAGACACAGAUGAUAAAGAUAGUCAACACGAAAUAGAUGAUAAUAUCACAAUUUUUGUCAGUAAUUUAGAUUAUACAGCUACCGAAGAUGAAGUAAGAGAUGUUCUAAAACCCGUUGGACCGAUAACAUUAUUCAAAAUGAUCAAAGAUUACAAAGGACGUAGUAAAGGCUACUGCUAUGUACAAUUAAGCAAUGUGGAAGCCGUGGAAGAAGCAUUGAAAUUAGAUAGGACGCCUAUAAAAGGACGUCCUAUGUUCAUUUCAAGAUGUGAUCCCAACAAGAGUACUAGAGAUUCUGCAUUCAAAUACAGCUGUACACUUGAAAAGAACAAACUUUUUGUUAAAGGACUUCCGCUUACAACGACAAAAGAGGAAUUGGAGGAGAUAUUUAAAGUUCACGGAGAUCUGAAGGAAGUUCGCCUAGUUACUUACCGUAAUGGGCACUCAAAAGGCUUAGCUUAUGUUGAAUAUCAUGACGAAGCAACCGCUACAAAAGCCCUUUUGAGUACGGACGGUCUGAAGAUUCAGGACAAAGUGAUCAGCGUUGCGAUAAGUCAACCACCCGAUCGUAAAACAAUUCAAACAGAAGAAAACGCGGGACAAAUAAAAUCACUCGGCGGAACAUCAAUAAGCCGUACAGCAUUCGGCGUACCCAAGACUUUACUGUCUAUGGUUCCCCGUAACGUUAAAAAAAUAAACAGUAAUGGUAAUGUAACUCCGGAUAGCAACGCGCAGUCGAUGAGUAAUCAGGAUUUUAGAAAUAUGUUUCUCAAUAAAAAGUAACUUGUAUUAUA